UCAAUAAGACCAACUACUACAACUACUUACAUCGUCUAGUUCGAUGUGUUGUUUAUAACAUUGCGUGACGACAUUCUCAUGAUAAGUAAUAUCAGAUUUUCGCCAAGAUCUGACAUUGGCUGACAGCGUCGAGUGAUAUUUUCCUACACCUCGUAAUCGGCAACUGCAGGAGUGUCGACCUUAAAAAAUGUCAAAUUUAUCCUUGGAAGAACAAAACAAAAAGAUCCGUGAACGUAUGGAGAACCUGUCAGAAAUACGUUUCGAGCCAUUUCCUCAAGACUCCCCUUGGCUCCGGCCAAUUCGUAUGACCUUCAUCCAGGAUGGUAAAAAAAAGCAAUGGGAUCUUAUGAGGGCCCACGAAAGUGUCAGUAUUGUGGUUUUUAAUACCGAUCGCAAAAAGUUGGUGUUUGUCAGGCAAUUCAGACCUGCUGCUUACUAUGCAUGCUUACCAGAAAAGCUGAAAGAAGUAGAUCUUAAGAAGUAUCCUGUUACUCUGGGCCUGACCAUUGAAUUGUGCGCUGGCAUUGUUGACAAGGAUAAGCCUCUGGUCGAGAUUGCACAAGACGAAUUGAGAGAAGAGUGCGGUUACGAAGCACCUCUUGAAAACUUCCAGAAGGUUAUUACUUACAGGUUUAUAUCGUCUUCUGCUACAAAACAAACUCUGUUCUAUGUUGAAGUUACUGAUGCCAUGAACAUUCAUUCUGGCGGAGGAGCAGAAAAUGAAGGUGAACUGAUUGAAAUUAUUGAAAUGAGUAUUGAAGAAGUUAAGAAAUACGUUGCUUCUGAAGAAGUUCAGAGUCCUCCAUGUUUUCUUAACGGUGUUUCUUGGUUUUUAGCAAAUAAGAAAGAUCGCUAUGAUACGUUGUGACUUUAAACAUUUGUU